CCUAUUUAUUGUCAAAUUUGUUUGUUUGCGCUUUAGUUUGAUAUCGCAACAUGGACGCUUUGGAGGCACUGGCGCCGUUGCAUCGUAUCUGCCAGUUGUGCAACCUGUGGCCGUGGCGCCUCAAUGAGAGCACAAGGCAGCUGCAGCGCUGCCGCUGGCUGGAGCUCUAUGGCUGGCUGGUGCUGUUGGGCUCGAGCGUAUUCCUGGCUUACGGCCUGUUCAAUGCGGAUCAUCUGAUGCGCGAGGACUCCAGCGUGACGGGCAACAUUGGCCAUACGGUGGACUAUAUACAGCUGGUGGGCAUACGCGUGGCGCAUGUCAUGGCACUGCUCGAAGCGCUGUGGCAGCGUCGCGCCCAGAGCAGCUUCUUCACCCAGCUGCAGGAGCUGGACCGCGAGUUUGCGCGUCUGCUGCACAUCGAAGUGAACAACGAGCAGUUGCGUCGUCGCAUGACCCAGCGCGCUGCCUGGAUGCUGGCGGGCUAUGUGCUCAGCCAGGGCUUCAUACUGAUUACCAAGAUGCUGGGCACAGAUCACACCUUUCCCAUGUACUGGCUGGCCUAUCUACUGCCGCUGCUCGUCUGCGGCGUGCGCUACUUUCAAAUCUUUACGGCCGUGCUGCUGGUGCGCCAGCGUCUGGAUCUGCUGUUGCGUCUGCUGCAGUCGCUGCAGCUGAACGAGACGCUGCCAGGCGGCGAGCACAGCUGCGACUGCAAGUACAUUGUCCAGCAGCUGGACAGGGAUGCGUUGGCUGCGCAGCAGCGCAGUCUGCAGCGUCUGAUGGCCGCCAGGCAACUUUAUCAGCGGCUCUGGCUGUUGGUCUCGCUGCUGAAUCGUUGCUUUGGCCUGUCCAUGCUUAUGAAUCUGGGCAACGACUUUCUGGCCAUCACCUCCAAUUGCUAUUGGAUAUUCCUCAACUUUCGCCAAUUCGCUGCCUCGCCGCAGGACUUUUUGCAAAUUAUCGGCAGCGCAGUUUGGUCCACGCCUCAUGUGGGCAAUGUUCUGGCCUUGGCUUUGAUUUGCGAGCGCGCCGCUUACUGUGUAAGUAUCGAGGUCUAAGUCAGCUUAGGCAUGUCCUUAAAGCAAGCUUUCCACUUACAGACCACACGCCUGGCUCUGAGCUUGCAUCACAUACGCGUCAAUCUACAAAACGAAAGUCAAAAUGCACUGGUGAGUCUAUAUAUAUACAAAAUAGGCAUAACAAAUC